GUUUCUCUCUUAGCAGUGAAGGAUCACUUCUAGAACGACAUGACAGUUCAACGUCCGCUGGUGAUUCUGGCGGCGAUGAUGGCCAUGAUGUACAUGGCGGCGGCAGAUGGCCAUGGCGGUGGAGGAGGUGGAGGAGGUGGAGGUGGAUAUGGUGGUGGCGGUGGAGGAGGUGGUGGAGGCGGUGGCCAUGGAGGCGGUGGAUUCGGAGGAGGUGGAUUUGGCGGAGGCAGCGGCGGCGGCAGCGGUGGAUAUAGCGGAGGAAGUGGAGGCGGAGGCGGUGGAUUUGGCGGUAGUGGAGGUGGAGGCCAUGGAGGCGGUGGAUUCGGAGGUGGUGGAUUUGGUGGCAGCAGCGGUGGCGGCGGCGGUGGAUACGGUGGAGGCAGUGGAGGCGGAGGCGGUGGCAGUGUAGUUGCCGGAAUUCUGGUUGGCAGUGGAACUCUCUCGGGUGGAGGCGGCGGUGGUGGUGGCGGCGGCGGCUACGGAGGUGGAAGCGGAGGCGGAUUUGGUGGAGGAAGCGGAGGCGGAUUUGGUGGAGGAAGCGGAGGCGGAUUUGGUGGGGGAAGUGGAGGUGGCUUUGGAGGACAUGGAGGCGGCAGCGGAGGUGGCAGCGGUUCAGGCGGAUACGGAGGGUAAAAGGAGCUAGUUGUUAAUUGGAAAUCAAUAAACAUAUUUACAUU